AUGAAUAUUAACCUUACUACUCCUGGUCAAACCAGUCAAUUAACUAAUCUUACAACAACCGAAGAAAACUCUACAAUCUUUAUAGAGGAUGGCCUGCUUAUGAUUUCUGAUAUGAAGGAACUUAAAAAGAGAUUCAAGCGCGAAAAGCUUAAACAGACACAAACUCAAGCUACCCAAGUUAUGGAGCCAGCACCGAUGCUAUUAAAUAUGAAUGAUUCUCCAAAAAUUAAGAAACGAAUUAUCAAAAGAAAGAGAAAGCUUCAUAGAACCCCCGGAAACCAUGAAAAAACAGGUAAGCUACCAACUCCUCCAGCUAAAAUUCGUGAAUGCUCAGAUUUUAUUCCAAAACUUGAUUCGCCAAGAAGAAAUAGUAACAAUAGCCCUAAAAAACAUUCUAAGAAACAUCAUAAAAACAAACAUGCAGCUUCAUUAUCCAGAUUAAGCCCUAUACCCAAAAUAAAUAAUGAUAAAUUUGAUUUCCCUCCACCACCGAAGCCUAAUUCCAUGUUCAGAUCUAGUAGCAAUAACAAUAUACUGAAUGACGAGCAUGACAAAGUACAUGGACAUCAUAAUAGGACAGAAUCGGCUGAAUUUAGAGAAAGAAAGGGAAUGAUCAGCAAACAUGACUCAAUGAUAUUCUUUAAGAAACCAACUAUACCAUUAAGCGCCUCUGCACAAGCUUCUCUUAAUUUAAUAACAACAGGAUUACAUAGAUCUCCAAUGCCAAUGAUUCCAACUAUACCAAAAGUUCCAAAGCCAUUAGUUACUUGCGUAGAUGAUGUUACUCUCGAUGCAACGCCGAGAAACUCAUUUUCUCCAAAAACUCUUGGAAAACGCUCGACAAGACGAAAAGCAAAGUCAGAAGCAUUACUAGUAUCUCCUGUCCCGCAGUGGCCACAAUUUCAAGUUGAUCUUCUUCAAUUGCCAGAUGAUUCGGAAAUUGAGCUCGCUGCAUCCAAGAAAUACAACAUAUCCUUACUAGUUAAGAGCGUUAAGGAGCAGUGA